UACGAUCAAAAUGAUCGCGCUGUCAAACUAUCUUUCAAUGUUAACCAACCCCCGCAACAGGUAUAUUGGAUUCGACCAAUACGUCACGAAGACAUUGUUGACAUCGACUCUGUCGAAAUUACAAGUAAAUUUUCAAAUUUUUCAAGAGAGAAAUUGUUCUCAUCGUUGUGAUAAUUAGUUGUGCAAUGGAUUUUAUCGAACGGGAGUUCAUUACAAACACACAGAUUUACAGUAUAGUUUUAAAAUAAGUGAAAGGAGGUGUCGGCUACCACAUGUUUGCCUGCAUAAAUAGAACGAGUAUCCAAAUAGGUAAACAGAAGAUAUCGCCUGGUUAUUAUAUAGACGAGUUACUUAAUAAUGUAAGUCGUACCUCUGUGCGAUAUUCUACCACACAAAAUCAGAAAAUGACUGAUUUGGAUGAAAUGAAAUCUGAACAAUCGACUGGGACUGAUGGAAUAAGAAGACCCAAAUGGCUUCCAUUUUUGACAGCCAUGAAGUUUACUCAAGAUUUUAAUGAAGAUAAAACAGGUGUUGUAGUUCAUCAUCCAGGGUUAUCAUUCGAAUCAUACGACAGAGAUGGUAAUCCAUCAAUUACCAGUAUCAUGAAGUUACUGAUGUCGGCCCGUGCUUAUGCCUAUCAUAAUCCUAUCGACAAUACAGGCGCAACCUUCCUCGAUUAUGCUAAAAUGACAGACGACUGCUUCACAUUUAUGGCAUCAUCAGAGAUCAAAGUCGAAAAAAUGAUGUAUGACAUUCAAAUUGUGAAAACACCAUUGGAUAUCAAGGUAAAUCUCGGAUAUAUAGGAAAAUCAUCCUUGAACUCUGUGGCAGAAGUGACUCUACCUUUCAAUGGAAUGACUCUGCUGAGGAAUGUGAAUCAGGUUGUCGUGAUUGACAAGUUGACACGUAAACCUAAACCAGUUCCAGAUUGGUGGAAGGAGAAAUAUUCAGGCUGUACUGUUAGAAAUCAGCCUCUUAUUAUUCCUAAACUUGUUAGACCAGAUAAGUAUUAUACUUACAAAUUCUAUGUGGCAUGGAGUGACACAGAUAACUAUAAUCAUACCAACUCGGCAUCAUAUUCCAGAUUUGCAAUCAACGCUAUUCAGAAUGCAUCGUCUAACAAAUAUUUUAAUUCCCUAACCCAAGACAAAUUGAACUCCGGAAUCAAGAAAAUUCAAAUGUCUUAUAUAGGUGAAAGUGCUGAGGGGGAUCUAAUAGAAAUAAGUGUAUGGGAAGCAAGUGAUAAGCCAAUUGCAUAUUGUCAAUUCCUGAAAGAGGGCAAAGCUGUAUUUCAAUGUAGUGUUUUGUAUAAUAUGCCUGUUGACUAUCCUGAUGUGGGUAUUUAAAAUACAAUGUUAUUACCUUACUAAUUAAAUGAUAUAUAAAAACA